AUGUUUAGUCAAGUGUCAACAAGUCAUUCGACUUUGAAGUUUUGCUAAGAUUUUAUUUACGUGAUUUUGUGAUUUGAUUGUAAAUAUUUUGUUGACGUAUGCAAUAAUUUGCUAUUGAAGUGUUAUUCCCAGAUAAAAAGAAAAUGGACAAACCAAAUUCUUUUCGUGCAGAAAUGUUAAGCAAAGCAAGAACCGCAGGCGAUGGCAUGGAAUCUGCUGAUAGUGUUGUUGAAAAUAAGUCCAAACCUGAAUAUAAGCGUAACAUGUCAAUUAACAGUACCGAUUCACUUUUACCUACACGUCUGAUUCAACUAUAUCCAUCUAAAAUAGUGACGUCAGAGAAGAAAACAUCGCAUAUAUACACUAAAAAUACAAAAUUUGUCCCAUAUGAACCCUAUCCUGGUGCAGUUAAACCAAUUACCUCACGAACACUGUCUAAGAGUACAAAAAAAUCUAGAAAUAACAUGGAUAUCAACACAUUGAUAUCACAGAUGUCACAAAUGGAUACAAAUUUAAAUGAAUACAAACCUAGACCAAAGUUAGCUUCUCUUAGUGAUAAAUCAACAACAGAUAUUGAAAAAAACGACACUGAUAAUGACUUGAAGAAAAAAUUGGAAGAUGCACAAAAAGAAAAUGAAACCUUAAAGGAGCAACUAAAGCAACAAGUUCAGGUAAAUAAGGAACUAAAAACAAUGUUAGUUGCUUCUAUGGGAGAAGACCUUGAAAUACAAGUUCAAUCAUUAAAUGAGGAUAAAAAACAUCUAGCAAAUGCUUUGAUUAAUUCCGCACAACAUCUUUCAACACAUCAGGAACAAACAGAGUGGCUUGCUGGACAAUGUGAGGUAUGGAGGAGUAAAUUUCUUGCUAGCAGUUUAAUGGUAGAAGAGCUGGCUAAUUGUAAGAAGUUACUUAAUGAAAAAACAGUGAAUUUACAACAAGCCAUUAAGAAAUUAUUAGAUGAGAGAUGCAGAACAAGGGAUAUGAUGCUAAGCACAUAUAGAAAUUUAUACAGUCUUCAUGAGAAAUGGCUAGAAAAUAUAGCUAUAUCAGACUAUAUUAGUAAUACUAAGAUAUAUAGCAGACCAAUAGGUAAUUUAAACUUCACAGCGACAUUACCACAUUCAACAAACAUUUUAGACAUGGCAUCGGUCAAUUUGAAAUUAUCAGAAAACAUAAGUAGCUCAGUUGAUAAGCAAGAUAUUAGCCAUUUUAAUAUAUUACCUUCGGCUACUGAAGCAGAAAUAUAUGCUGAAAAUGUCAUGGCAAUGCCACUAGAAGUAAAGAAGGCAAAUGAGGAUCCAGUGAAUGCCUUAGUGAACCAUGCAUAUAACAAUAGCACUAAUGUUGCCCCACCUGUUGCUUCCUGCGUACACUGCAACGGAAGAGUUCAGUUACUAUAAUAAAUUUAUAGGGAAUAUUUUGUAUUAGGAUAAUUUACUUACUCAUUAUGUGUAGUAUUUAAAUAAUCAGGAUAUUAUUGGGUGUACAGGUGCAUAUAAACCUGGGUGUUUUCUGUUGGAUUGGUUGGCUUUGCUGUAAUGGACCAAUGGGAUUUUUUUUUUACAAUAUACUCAAUCAGACCAAUGGGGAAUAUGUUAAUUGUUAGACAGAACAUCCCAAUAGUAAACACCCAUUAGCCUAUUGUUACAGGCAUAUUAUAAUUUCUAUUUAUAUCAUUUUGUAAUGCUCUAAAAGUUUAAUUUGUAUUUUGGUUUCUUAAUGACCUUUUGAUGUAAAUAUAUUCAUUUUUUAUUUGCAUAAUAUUUAGAAUAACGGGUUAAUAUCAGCUUUAGUAGUGAUAAUUUUACUAUCAUAGAAUAUUAGUUGUUAUUAAUUUUAAAUUUUUGCACUUAUUGCUUUUUGCCAUGAAUUUGAAGACGACAAAUUAAUCAACAAUUAAUUUAAAGUAAAGACUUUGCUGUUCUGUUUUAUUAUUUACUUCUUUUAUGUAAACAUGUAUAAACUAAAUUGGUGGCAUUACAAGGAAAUGUAAUCUUUUAUAUUUGCGUAACAAAUAUAUGUUAAUUUGCCUAUUUUUCUCAUUAUUAUAAAAAUGUUUUUUAGUUUUCCGUUUAUUUAUAUCUCUAACUGAUGAAUAUGUAAAAAACAAUGUCACUAGACCUAUAAAGUUAAUAUCUUAAUUCAUAUCAUUCUUUAGGUCAUGUAUAUAAGACCUAUAGAUAUAAAAUUAGUCUGAUUUGAGAUGUUUUUUUUAAACUAUAACAAAAAUGAUAAGUCUUAAACAUUGAACUUUGUUUUAAAAAGAUUGGUAAUUGUUGGUACAAUGACUGAGUUUCUGUCAUGACACAUGUAACGAGACAUAUAGUUGUCUUUGGUUUAUCAAAGAUAAUGUAAGAGAUGGCAACACGUGUCAAUACAAUGUCAUUGAAUAUCAUCAGCAUACAAUGUCUCUUUGAUUUAUUAAGCCACAAAUAAAAAUGUUAUAAAAACAAUACAAAACAUAUUAUAACUUGUUUUUCUAUUUAUUAACAAUAUGGUUUUGUUGUUGAUACUGAUGUUAGGUUUGACUAACUUCUUAUAAAUCGAUACUAAAGUAAUUUUAUCAUUUCUUUUAAAAAAUUGUACAAUAUACCUUUAGACAUGAUUAAUAUUUUUAUGUUGUGUUCGCGGUUGUGAUAAUUAAACGAGAUAUUUUUUUUUUAAAUAUAAUUUUGUUAGAAUGUUGUCAAUGUGUUUUGUAAUUAUGGUUGUAUAUUCUUAAUUUUUUGUUUUUCACAAAAUAUUGUUUUUUUUUUUAUUGUUCGAAUCUUAACUCAUUUUUUUUCUC